AUGAGGCGCGGCGUUCGGCGGGCUCCUUCCCGGAAGCGGAAGCUUGGGGGGCGGGCCAAGGGGGGUCGGGAGUCCGCGGCGGUUAAUUCCUUUUACAGUGCGGCUCUGCUUCCCUCCGUUUGGGCUUUUCUGAGGCUGCGAGAGAUGGUCAGGUCCGGAUCUCGACCGGGCCAGGUGUUAUCUUCAGGAAAGCACACUGGACCUGCUAAAUUAACAAAUGGAAAGAAAGGGACCCAUUUGAGAAAGAUAUCCCGUCUUAAUGCAGAUUCUGGCUAUCCCACUCAUUCUGAUUCAGAAAGUCAGACUGAAACUGUACAAGGGCUUGAUGGUUGUGCUUCUUUGCUGCGGGACAUUUUGAGAAAUGAAGAUUCAGUAGGUUCAGAAAUAGCAUAUUCAGAAAAUAGAUAUAACGCCAGACCUGUAGAAAGCAAACGAUAUGGAUCUAAAAAGAAAGGACGUGAAAAACAUACUGUACCUUCUGUAGUCUGGAAGGAAAUUUUAUCUUCAGAUAAUAAGAAACAGAUUCCUAAUGAUGCUUCUGCUGAAAGUGAAAGAGACUCGUCAGAUAUACCACAAAAUUGGUCACUACAAGAUCAUUAUAGAAUGUAUUCACCCAUAAUAUACCAAGCCCUCUGUGAGCAUGUGCAGACUCAAAUGUCACUGAUGAAUAACUUGGCUUCAAAGAGCAACCCUAAAGGAAUUCCUACUGUACCUUGCCACACUGUGUCUGGUUCUGAAUCUCAGGCAUCUCCAUAUUCUAAUUAUAGCUUAUCCACCUCUACCCCAGUCCAGUUACCUCAGCAACCACCCUGCCCUCCAGUGGUUCAUUCUGAAGUUCAGACUGAUGGUGACAACCAGUUUGUAUCACAAGGAAGAACAAUUCCUGUGGACUGUACUGAUGAUGUUCUAAGGAAUUCCUUCAGUACUAGUCUUGGAGUUCCAUGUAGCCUGCCCCAAACUGACAAACCAGCUACUCCAACAUUUCAGCAGCAGGGUCUUGCUAAUGGAAUUCUGCCACAACAAAGAAUUCCUAAGGAACCGGACCUACUAAAGUGUUUCCAAACAUACACGAAACUGUUGGGUUCUCAUCCAGACAGUCAGACUUGCUGCAGCCCCACCCUAUUACAGCCAGAUUUCUUGGCUAUUAAUGAAGAAAAAUAUGUUAAAGAACAAAUUGGAGAGGUCAGAAGUGAAAGAAAGGAUUUAAACUUACCCGUGCAAGAUACAAGAAUAAAGGAUGUGCAGAAUGCAAAAAAUGUGGACCAGAGUGCUGAAAAAGUUAGAACUAUCAAGUAUUUGUUGGGAGAGCUCAAGGCCCUGGUAGCAGAACAAGAAGAUUCAGAAAUUCAGAGGUUGAUUACAGAACUGGAGUUAUAUAUAUCUCUGCUUCCAACAGUAAGUGGAAACACAAAUAUUCAGGUUGAAAUAGCACUGGCCAUGCAACCACUAAGAAGUGAAAAUGCUCAUUUACGCAGGCAAUUGAGAAUUUUGAACCAGCAACUUAGAGAACGAGAAAAAACUCAAAAGUCAUCUGGUUCUCUGGAAUGCAACCUUGAAUUGUUUUCUCUUCAAUCAUUGAACAAGUCACUGCAAAAUCAAUUACAGGAGUCACUAAAGAGCCAAGAAUUACUACAGAGUAAAAAUGAAGAGCUUUUAAAAGUGAUAGAAAGUCAGAAAGAUGAAAACAAAAAGUUUGCUGGUAUAUUUAAAGAGAAAGAUCAAACUUUACUUGAAAAUAAACAGCAAUUUGACAUUGAGACAACAAGAAUGAAAAUUGAAUUGGAGGAAGCUUUAGUCAAUGUGAAAAGCUCCCGGUUUAAGUUAGAAGCUGCAGAAAAGGAAAAUCAGAUUUUGGGAAUAACAUUACGUCAGCGUGAUGCUGAGGUGACUCGACUAAGAGAAUUAACCAGAACUUUACAGACCAGUAUGGCAAAGCUUCUCUCAGAUCUUAGUAUGGACACUGCUCGCUGCAAGUCUGGGAAUAAUCUUACGAAAUCACUUCUGAACAUUUAUGAAAAACAACCUCAACAUGACCGAAUCCCUGCUCACACUUCCAUAAUGAGCUAUCUAAAUAAGUUAGAACCAGUUCACAGUACUAUUACACGUUCAGAGCCACUUUCUACAAUUAACAAUGAGGAAAACACAAUGCCAGAUAGACCCUAUGAAAAUGUUCUGCCCUCUAAAGGCCCUCAACAUACUAAUGCUAGGAACAUGGUGGAAGCAUCAGCCCCUGGAAUCAUUUCUGCCCUUUCAAAACAGGAUUCUGAUGAGGAGAGUGAAAUUACAACUUUAAUAGAAGAUGAGUGUAAUUUGGAUAAGACAAUUUACAUUCCGUUUGCUAGAAGCACUUCUAAAAAGAAAUCACCACUAUCUAAGAGAUUAUCCCUCCAGCCACAGAUCAGUGUUGCUCCACCGCAAAUGGUCAGUGGACUUGUUGCUGAAAAAGAAAAUAAAUUGUGUGCACCUGGAAUUUGUUCCUCUUCCAAAGAGGAAGGAGUUGCACCUGAGAAACUUUCCAGAACAGCUGAUAUGGAGGACAAGCAACUCCUCAGGAAAAUAAAGGAAGCCAUUCGCAAGAUCCCUCCUGCCGCUGAGGAGCCAGAGGCAUUGGCUGCGUGUCAUGGCCCCUCCACUUGUCAGAACAGCAGCAUUCAAGUGAAAAGUAGUGCAGUCUCUGAUGGUAGCUUUUUAAAUUCUGAUUUAACCUCUGACUGGAGCACUUCUUUUUCAACGUUCACUUCUCGUGAUGAACAAGACUUCCAAAAUGGCCUUGCAGCACUGGAUGCCAACAUUGCUAGACUCCAGAAGUCCUUGAGGACUGGUCUUCUGGAGACGUAA